AUGGAUCCGUCCGGCCUCGUUCGCGGACACAAGAGCAACCUUCAACUUCUCAAGCCUGUACUACGCGCAUAUGCACUGGGAUACCUCUCCUCGACUACUCCGAAAGUCAUAUCCAGCUUCAGGUGUCUCCGGAGAAAGGAGUUGGGCUAUAAGGAGAAACUUCAAGAGAUUGUACGUGCUGUGACAUGCACAAUACGCCUAAAUAGCUUCCCUUCUUUCUGUGCUUUUCUGGUUGGAGGAUCGACCAUUUCUCCCAUUUUACUUCUACGUCUAUGUGACCUGGUGGCUCGUAGGCUUGAUUCCAAAGCCAAUGUCUUCAAGUCGCAAAGCUUUGUGCGAUUUGUCCGCUUUACCACUGCAUUUUUAUCAUCCCUAUUGAGUUUGCAACUCCUAAACCAGAAACCUAUCAAUUUGCAGACAACUAGUCGCAAUGUAAGCGAUGAUGCACAGAACAACGGGAAAGCACAAGAUCCUCGCGAAUUUGCGGGUAGGACAAUGGACCUCACCCUUUUCACUUUCACGAGAGCUAUUGACGCCCUGGUUUGUCUGGCAUGGUCGACCUGGUGCCGUCGUCGUAAAACCCAAGGUCGCUUGACAUGGGCAGAGACUGUUGCACCUCAGCUAGCUGACGCGGGGGCUUUCGCUGCGAGUUCUGCAAUCGUGAUGUGGGCAUGGUUCUAUCUUCCAGAGAGAUUACCCAGGUCUUACGGGAAAUGGAUUGGAGAGAUAGCUAGGGUGGAUUCUCGUUUAAUCGAGGCACUUCGCCGCGCACGGAGAGGGCAAUUUGUGUAUGGAAAAGACACAGGCCAGGCGCCCCUUCUCGAAUCCAUGUGCAGGGACUAUAAUUGGCCACUGGAAUGGGGCAGCCCGGCGAAGACAUUUCCUAUUCCUUGUCAGAUGGUGCACAUGGAUUGCGGUCCAAAUUGCGAGUUCCAUGCUUUUAUGCGCUUUGUUCGAACUCUCAAGGUUGCUUGUGCAACCUACAUACCACUCCAACUCGUCUUUCGUUUUCGGGCUUUGAAAUCCCGGCAGUCUGUCGUCCGGGCACUAACUGAUGCUUUGCGAUCGUCUGCAUUCCUUUCUGCGUUCGUUACUCUCUUCUACUACUCCGUUUGUCUCGCUCGAACCAGGCUAGGACCAAAACUUUUUGACCAGAAAACUGUCACGCGGCAGAUGUGGGACUCAGGACUCUGUGUUGGUGCUGGAUGUAUUAUGUGUGGCUGGAGCAUACUUGUUGAGAAGCCACGAAAGAGACAAGAACUUGCAUUAUUCGUGGCGCCCAGGGCUGCAGCAACUGUGCUGCCACGGGUGUAUCCCAAAAAGUACCAAAACCGGGAGUAUGCCACUUUUGCGACGAGCGCGGCUAUUAUUUUCACCUGUCUUCAAGAACGACCUAAUAUGAUCCGCGGUGUCUUUGGGAAAAUUGCAAAUGGUGUCUUGAAAUAG